AUGAAAACAAAUGGGAUAAUUGUCCAUUAUUCAAAUGGCAGUGCGUCUUCUGCAUCACUUUUCAGAAAGCCCCUUUACCUAUGGAACUUGAUGAUUCGAGAUUCUACCAAUAACGGCUUCUAUACUGAAACCUUAAACAUAUACACUUCAAUGGUUUCACACACUGGUGGGCAUGGGAACACCUUCACUUACCCUUUGCUCCUAAAGGCCUGUGCCAACCUGGGUUCCAUGAUUCAUGGGACUAUGAUUCAUGGCCAUAUUCUGAGACUUGGCUUCCAAGAUGACUUAUUUGUUCAAACUGCACUUGUUGGCAUGUAUGCUAAGUGCACUUAUGUUGAGUGUGCACGCCACGUGUUUGAUGGAAUGGCGCACAGAAGCGUCGUGUCCUGGAACUCCAUGAUUUCGGCUUAUUCUCGUGGGUUUUUUAUGGAUGCGGCAUUCAGCCUCUUGAAAGAUAUGUGGGUUCUUGGCUUUGAGCCAAGUUCGCCCACAUUUGUUUCAAUUUUGUCAGGUUGUUCGGAUUCAGAUUCAGAUUCCUUUAGCUUUUGGUGGCAAGGGAUGUCGAUACAUUGUUGCUUGAUCAAACUUGGACUUGUGUAUUCUCAAGUUACUUUGGCCAAUGCGUUAAUGGGAAUGUAUGUUCACUUUAGCCAAAUGGAGGAAGCGAGGAAGGUUUUUGAUUUGAUGGAUGAAAAAUCAAUAAUUUCUUGGACAACUAUUAUGGGAGGUUAUGUGAAAGUUGGCCAUGUUGCGGAAGCAUAUAAUUUAUUCAAUCAAAUGCAGCAUCAAAGUACUGGCAUAGAUUUUAUUGUAUUUCUAAUUCUUAUAUCUGGUUGUAUACAAGUAGGAGAUCUCUUAUUAGCUUCAUCCGUUCAAGCUUUUGUACUUAAAUGUGGAUGCGAUAAUGAGGAGUCCAUUGAAAAUUUGCUAAUAACUAUGUAUGCAAAAUGCAGUAACCUUGCAUCUGCUAGAAGGAUAUUUGAUUUGAUUAUCAAAAAGAGUAUUUUUUCAUGGACAUCAAUGAUUGCAGGAUAUGCCCAUUCGGAUCACCCAUUGGAGGCAUUGCAUUUGUUUAGAAGGCUUGUACGGACAGAUUUUAGACCAGAUGGACCAACCGUUGCUACUGUUAUAUCAGCUUGUGCUGAUAUAGGAUCAAUUAGCAUAGCACAAGAGAUGGAACAUUAUAUUUCUCUAAAUGGAUUGGAAUUCGAUCUACAAGUCCAAACAUCUCUCAUACACUUGUACUCCAAGUUUGGAAGCAUCAAGAAAGCCCAAGAAGUAUUUCAAAAAGUGGCAGAUAAAGAUUUAACUGUUUGGUCUUCCAUGAUAAAUAGCUAUGCUAUUCAUGGGAUGGGGAAAGAAGCGAUUGACCUAUUUCGCAAAAUGACAACUACAGAAGGAAUAAUUCCAGAUGCUAUUGUUUACACCAGUGUUUUGCUUGCUUGUAGCCAUGCAGGGUUAGUAGAAGAUGGAUUGAAGUACUUCAUAAGUAUGCAAAAAGAUUUUGGAAUAACUCCUAAGAUAGAAGAUUGCACUUGCUUGGUAGAUCUUCUUGGUCGAGUUGGCCGGCUUGACUUAGCAUUAGAUACGAUUCAGGGGAUGCCCUUGGAAGCACAAGUGCAAGCUUGGGCUCCCUUGCUCAGUGCUUGUAGGAUCCAUGGUAAUGUUGAGCUUGGGGAGAUUGCUGCUGUCAAGUUACUAGAGCUUAGUCCUGGAAGCUCUGGAAAUUAUGUAUUGAUGGCUAAUUUGUACACCUCAUUCGGCAAGUGGAAGGAGGCUCAUGAAAUGAGAAAAUUGAUAGAUGGUAAAGGACUGGUUAAAGAAUGUGGGUGGAGCCAGGUUGAGAUCGGUGGUAGAUUUCAUACAUUUGCAGCAGGUAAUCCGUCACGUGUUCAGUUGGCCAAUAUCUAUAAGAUGCUAGAAGAUCUAAAUUUUACUCUUCAAGAAGGUAGCUGUGCAGGACAAGCUGAUUUGUCUCUGUCUCCUAGAACAGAUGUUAUUUCAUUUUCUCCAAAUGAAGAGACCAAGGAAGCACUGAAAAUAGUACGAGACUUCACCAUCAAUAAUAAUGAUGCUUCAGUGUUCUUGGAUGCUCAACAUUACUGCAUCAUGAAAACCAGCUUAGAUUAUCUCUCCAGUUUGUCUGCUAAUGAUGGUUUAUCAGGAGCAAUGAGAGCAUUGAUAUCUGAAACUUCAAUUGUGUUUUGCACAUUGUAG